GCCAAAUUUAUGAGUGGGAUAUUUGAGAGAAAAGAAAAAUAAAGAAAACAGGAGAGAGAGAAAAGAGGGAAGCCCUAGCUCCAUCAUCUUUUUUUCUCCUCUUCUCCCCUUGUGACCGGCGACCAUCCACCUCUUCUAACUCAGCUUUUUUUUUGGCGGGCGAGCUUCGGGCGGCGACGACUAACACGAAUUCACGUUGACACGAGCAAACAUCACUCGUUCAAGGUGUUACUCACGUACCCACCCUCUCUCUCUCCCUAACUUUUGACAAGUGUUGUGGCGGUGAAACCCACGAAUCAGGUGUUCAAUGCCAAUUUGAUUCUCAAAGAUAGCUCAGUGGGUCUUUAUGGUCGAAGCGUAACCUAGCAGAUGCGACGCCCAUGAGACGGGAACCCUCUCUGUACACCUUCGCAUCAAUGUUUCUCCAUUUCGGCAGGUUUUGGCACUGAUCCACACUUACGUUGGCUUCAAAUUGGUGUACCCAUAUCGUCUAAGGUUUAUUCGGGCGUUUUUGGACACCAACUAGCAAGGUUUAGACCCUCUGUGGUAAGAUUGGUUUGAAGUCAUGGAAACUGGGGACUCUGCUCCCCCUUCCCUUGGUCCUCGCUAUGCACCAGAUGACCCUACUCUUCCGAAACCUUGGAAGGGAUUGAUUGAUGGGAGCACUGGACUAUCAUACUACUGGAAUCCUGAAACCAACGUUACUCAGUAUGAGAAGCCAGUCUCUUUGCCACCACCAUUACCGCUUGGUCCUCAUCCUGGUGUCUCUAUUUCCAAGCCUACUUCAAUUCCUGAGGCUCAUUCAAUGCCAUCAAGUGGCACAGUGGCACCUCAUGUACAACAAAAUCAUUACAACAUCCCUCAACAAGAUGGCCAAUUAAACAACCAGCUUUCUCAACAACCUGGUCAUCUGAUCUCACAACAGCACAGUUCUGUUGCCAGUCAAGUAGCUGUUAAUCACCAUCCUGGCAUGCAAAUGGCUCCAGAUGGGCGACAGCAUGGCUCGCAACCGAACCAAGUCAUGCAGCAGCAGGGGGUGUUUGGAAUGUCAUCACAGCAUAUUGGCCAACAGCAGGUCAUGCAUCAAGGUCAGAACAUGGCUCAUGCAAAUCAACAAAUGUCUCAACAUCCUAACCAGCAACCCCUGCAGAAUCCAGGACAAGCCUUACAGAAUCCAGGGCAACAAAUGCCACAACCAUCGGUCCAGCAUUUAGGACAGCCAAACAUGCAAAAUCCGAAGCCAUUAGUUGGGCAGCCUCAAGGUCCACAAUAUGGUCAGCAGCAGCUUCAAUAUAUCGGUUAUCAGCAAAGCCUACAUCCAAACGUGCAGCAAAAUUCACAGCAGCAAGUUCAACAAAGUCCUUUAGUCCAGCCAUUUGGUAAUCACCUCGAGCAGAAGCCGGCUUUUCUGAAGAGAGAUGAGGAGAAUAUCCAGUCUGGAAACCAAGUUGGAUUUCCUUCUUCCCAGUUUCAACAAAGUGGUGGCACCCCAUCCAUUCAUAACAUACAUUCGGGAACAAAUUCUUCUCAAAUGCAACAACUGGGUACAUUUGGUAGCUCUCCGGGAAACAUGCAACAGCAACUCCCUGUUGGUCAAGUGCAGCAUGCAAGUACUGAAUUGACUCAUCGCCAUCAUCAUUCUAGAUUCCAAGAUCAAAUGGGCCCAGCUGUGAUGCAGGGGCAGCAACCUGUUGCUGAAAAUUUGCCAGGCAGAGGUGGAAAUGAAUAUUACUUUGGCAGGAAUGAGGGGUCUGGCAUUGGUCCACAUCAGCCAAGGCUUGCAGCAAUACCAAUGGCAAGGAGCCAGCAGGACACAAGGAUGAGUGGUCUCCCAUUUCCAACUGCGGCACCUGGUCAUCCUAGUGGGACAAAUUUUCCAGCUGGUCCCGCACAUAAUUUGUACAGCCAUGGAUCUGGUAGUCUGACACUGUCAAAUAAUGCAUUGAUGGGCCCUACUCAUAUUGGAGCUUCAGAUGUUACUAAUAUGUCACCUGUUGAAGUUUAUCGUCAACAGCAUGAAGUAACUGCCUCGGGUGAUAAUGUUCCAGCUCCGUUCAUGACAUUCGAGGCUACUGGCUUCCCUCCGGAGAUACUGAGAGAGAUAUAUUCUGCUGGUUUCUCAUCUCCUACGCCAAUUCAAGCACAAACAUGGCCCAUUGCCCUGCAAGGUCGGGACAUAGUUGCCAUUGCUAAAACAGGGUCUGGGAAAACUCUGGGCUAUUUGCUUCCUGCCUUCAUUCUUCUGAGGCAGUGCCGAAAUAACCCUCAAAAUGGACCGACUGUGUUGGUUCUGGCUCCUACUAGGGAGCUUGCUACUCAAAUACAAGAUGAAGCCAUUAAAUUUGGGAGAUCUUCUCGGGUUUGUUGUACGUGCUUGUAUGGUGGAGCCCCAAAAGGUCCUCAAUUAAAAGAGUUAGAUCGAGGUGCUGAUAUUGUGGUGGCUACUCCUGGACGGCUUAAUGAUAUACUUGAAAUGAAGAUGAUCAACUUUAGGCAAAUUUCACUGCUUGUGCUUGAUGAAGCUGAUCGGAUGCUUGACAUGGGAUUUGAACCCCAAAUUAGGAAAAUUGUGAAUGAAAUACCACCACGUAGACAAACUCUUAUGUAUACAGCAACCUGGCCCAAGGAAGUAAGAAAAAUAGCAAAUGAUCUUCUCGUCAAUUCUGUCCAGGUGAAUAUUGGUAGGGUCGAUGUACUUGCUGCUAACAAGGCUAUCACACAGUAUGUUGAAGUCGUUCCACAGAUGGAAAAACAGAGACGGUUGGAGCAGAUCCUUAGAUCCCAAGAACGGGGGUCCAAGGUAAUAAUUUUUUGUUCCACAAAGAGGUUGUGUGAUCAGCUUUCACGGAAUCUUGGGCGUGGUUUUGGGGCUGCUGCAAUUCAUGGGGACAAAUCACAGGGGGAGCGUGAUUGGGUAUUGAACCAGUUUCGCAGUGGGAAGUCUCCCAUACUAGUUGCUACUGAUGUUGCUGCUCGUGGGCUUGACAUCAAAGAUAUAAGAGUGGUGAUCAACUAUGAUUUUCCAACUGGAAUUGAGGACUAUGUUCACCGAAUUGGAAGAACUGGGAGGGCUGGAGCAACCGGAGUAGCGUAUACAUUCUUCUCUGAACAGGAUUGGAAAUUUGCUGCUGAUUUGAUAAAAGUACUUGAGGGGGCUGAGCAGCCUGUGCCUCCCGAGUUGCAAAAUAUGGCUAUGCGUGGUGGGCCAGGUUUUGGAAAGGAUAGGGGUGGGAUGGGUCGUCAUGAUGCAGUUAUGGGUGGCAGUCGCUGGGAUUCAGGAGGGCGAGGUGGCAUGAGCAAUGGCGGGUUUGGUGGCCGUGGUGGUGCAAGAGAUGGAGGGUUUGGUGGCCGUGGUGGGAUGAGAGAUGGUGGGUUUGGUGGUCGUGGUGGGAUUAGAGAUGGUCCUGGUGGACGAGGUGGGAGAGGCGAUUUCUUUUCCAUUCGGGGUAGAGGACGCGGUUUUGGUGGUCCUCCUGGUGGUCAUGUUGGUUGGGGAAGGGGUGAUCGUGGUGGCCCACAUAAUAGGUUCAAUGGUGUAGAUGGACGUGGUCAUGGACGCGGACAGGGUCGAUUUGAUAACAGAAGAGACCUCAGUAAUAGAAGUAGAGGCAGAAGUUACAGUCGUAGUCCUGAAAGAGUCCGAACAUGGGGUUACAGCCCAAGUCGCAGUGGUAGCCGUAGUUGCAGUAGUAGAAGUUGGAGUCGGAGUCGAAGUCGAAGUCAUAGUCGUAGCAGGAGUAGAAGCAGGAGCCGUAGUUGGGCUCGCCGAAGCCGUAGUCGUAGCCGUAGCCAGGAUAAUAACAAACGACCACGUGUCCGAAACUUCGAUAAAAAAGACAACCCACCUCUCGAAUCAGUAGGUGCAGCAUCUCCUGACACACAAAAGAACCGUUUUGAAGAGCAAGAAGAUGCGAGGCAGCUUGCUCCAAUGCCCGGGAGCAAUAAUAUGGAGGCAAUGAAUCCAGAAAACGGAGAUACGAUUGAUCAAACUGUUAAUGCAGGAGCCCAAAGUAAUAUGAAUGAAUCUGAAUGAAUGAUGGGCGGGCGGCUUUUGGUUUUGAUAUAUUCGCUAUUCAAUAUCUUUUGAAAAUUCUUUGCAGGUAAAUCAAAGCAAUAUAUAUGAAGGUUUAAUGAAGGUGGUGGGGGAUUUGAGGGAUCUUUACAAUUUACAAUUGAUGUAUGAAUAUGCUGUCUCUUCUAGCAAUUAGCAUAUUAAUUGAUAGUUUUUAAAAACAAUCAUGUUUUUUUUUUCUUAAUGCCAUGGAGGAAUUAUUUGUAUCUGGGGUUCCAUAAAAUAUUUUUUAAAGUUAAAUAUAUUUUUUUUUUAUACA